GCGCCACCGACGGCUUCACCUAGUCGCCACCAUUCGCCACUAUUUUGCAAAGAGGCCCUUCUGUCUUCCAAAAUUACGUCGAACACUCUCUUUGCGUCGCCGCCACCUUUUAUGGGCAAGCGGCUCCCGGAUCCGGAGGACGAGAGUCGCCAAGACCCCGCUUCGGCCUGUGGUCUGGAACAAGGAGACGACGUCGUCAUCCGUGAUGGAUUUGGCGGACCUGCGGGAGGCCAGCGUCCCACUGAAGGAGGUGGUAGCGGACUGCGUGCGGCGGUGGUUCCAGGACGCGCUUAAGGAAGCCAGGGCCGGUGAUGUGUCGAUGCAGGUCCUUGUCGCUCAGAUGUACCAUAGCGGAUACGGGGUGGCGAAGAACGAGCAAAAGGCAAAUGUGUGGAUUACAAAAGCCUCCAGAUAUCGGUCAGCAGUUCGGAAGGUCAGCGACAAGCAUCCAGGCUACAAUGCUAGUGAUUCUUAUUCUGAUGAAGAGAAAAAUUAAGUUGGUCUUGAUCAGGGUUUGCUUUGUCCAAGGUCAGUUCAUAUUUGGCCACUGCAUUCUUAGAUUUCUGUUUUGUUCGGAAGAUCCACUGUGUAUCAAUCAAUAAAGUUUCCAUGAGUUCCUGAAGCUUCAUGCAAUCCAUGACUAGUGAUCCAGAAUGUGUUUCAGGUCUUUUCAGCUAGAUACCACUUUUGUGACUAAGAAUUGUUUGAUGUGUUUCUACUUUGGUGAAUGUUUAGAGUUGUCAACCCUCACUCUAUCUUAAGAAAACAUUUUUGAAUGAAAUUUCUUGAUAAGAAAAUAUACCGGAGUGUUCAUAAUGUG